AUGGAAGCAUACAAAAAGCGUCAAACAUUUAUUUCUUUUAAAAGAAACUUAGUAUCUGGAACACCCGCUGAGAAAAAACUAAAAACUUAUGACAGAAAGCUACAAUUACAAACAGCUUAUAAAUGGAAAGUCUCUACGCUUGCAAAAUAUAAUGAUAAUGAUUGGCUUGAAAUUGAAAGCGUUGACGGAAUAGUUACAGCGAUAAAAUGCAAAGUAUGCCGAGAAUAUGCAUCGCAAAUUCAGAUUUUAAAAGGCUACACUCCGAAAUGGAGCUGUGGAAAAGGAUGUAGUCGAUUGCAACAUAGUUCUGCAAUCACGCAUGCAGAGGGAAUGUCUCAUCAGAAGGCUUUUGAGAUUUUUAUGAAAACGAGAGGCAUGAAUUUGUGCGAUCGAAUUGAAAAACUAAACGAGUUGCAGCAGGAAAUGCGGCAAACAGACAUUUUAUCCGGUAUUCAAACCAUGAAUAGUAAAGACUUGGAUUUGACAAAAAAAAAAUUUGAGGUCGCUUACUUUAUAGCAAAAGAAGAACUAUCGCUUUGCCUAUACCCAAAAAUAAUUCAAUUAGAAGAGAAACAUGGUGUAGUUUUUGGUCAGGCUUAUAAAAACGAAAACACAUGCGGAGAAAAAGAAGUUAUAUUUGCCGUUAUUUUUAAUCCGGCUCCAACUGGAAAAUCUGAAGUAAACGUUGAAUGUGAUUUUCUUUCACUUUUGGAUGUUGAGUAUGGAACUUCGCACGGAGUUUUCAACACCAUAAAAAAGUCACUCGAGAAUAUAGAAGUCGUAAAUUGCAAUAAAAAACUAGUUGGAUUUGGUGCGGAUGGCGCAUCCGUUAACAGAGGGAGCAAGUCGGGCGUUAAAAUGUUGCUCAAGGCUGAAGUCCCCUGGAUCACGUUUGGCUGGUGUGUAGCACAUCGUCUCGAGUUAUCAUUAAAAGAAAAAUUAGGAAAAACAGCCUCAUUCAAUGACGUUGAUUACAUGAUUUUAAAAAUGCAUUACAUUUACAAAAAAUCCCCCAAAAAGUUAAGACAGUUGGGUGAACUCGUUUCUAUCUUAGAAGAUGAUGAAUAUAACAUUGGUGGUUACCGACCUAAGAAAGCCUCCGGUACACGAUGGAUUUCACAUAAAGUUCAGGCUUUAGAAAUGAUUUUAGAUAAAUACGGUGUUUAUUUAACACAUCUGGAAAAUAUGACUGAAGAUAUAACAUUUACCAAUGCUGAAAGAGCUAAGUUUAAAGGAUACCACAAAAAGUGGAUUCAUGCUAGAAUGCCCCUUUAUAUCGCGUUGUUUAUUGAGAUUUUAGCACCAGCAAAGAUGUUGUCAAAAUGUUUUCAAAGUGAUGAGAUAGAUGUGUUGGCUUCAUCAGGGUUUGUUCAACAAGCUAAAAGCCAUUUAAAUCGUAUUCAAAAAACAAAGUUUAUUAAUUUGCCAACAGUAAAACGUUUUCUCGCCAAAGUGACUGAAAAAGAAGGAAAGUUUUAUUUCCAGGGUGUUGCACUUAACGACUUUGUAAAUGCUAAACAUUUAGUAAAAAAGUCUAAAUCUAUUCAUAUCGAGUUGGUAACAAAUUCAAUCAUAGAGCGUUUGGAAACAAGCGAUACUAUUACUGAUAUGUAUGGUACAAAAGUUUUAAAUACAGAAGGUUGGCUUCAAAGUAUUGAAAAUGAAACAUUCCUGGAUGAAGGAAUAGAAAAUCUUUUUGACUUUUAUAGAGCGCCGUUGCGACAUGCUGGUUUUGCAGGAACUGUAAAUGAUGUUUUGGAUGCUUGGCAUAGCUUGGUAAACUACACUGUAAAAUAUUUAGCACCACAUAAUACCGGUUAUCGUAAGUUAUGGCAUCAAAUUUUUUCUAGCUCAAUGAAAAAUGAAUGGGUUCCGGUUUUACUUAUUGUCGAACUAUCAUUUACUUUGCCUGUUUCUAAUGCGAAAGUUGAACGCCUUUUUUCACUAAUGAAUAGAUUAAAAACGGAUACAAGAAACUCUCUGAAAGAGAAACGUUUAGAAAAUUUAAUUCGAGUAAGUUUCGAUGAAAAAGAUUCCAAUUUAUUUGAUUUAAGUUCUGCUAUCGAGUUAUGGACCAAUGAUGCGAAGGCCAAAACAAUCAGUAAGAAAAUGCUAUUCUAA